AUGGAAGCAAUCAGGAAACAAGCCACUAGACUCAGAGAGCAGGUCGCGAGGCAACAACAGGCUGUCCUCAAGCAGUUCGGCGCUGGCGGAUAUGGAGGUUCUGAUAAUGUUGUUACUGAUGAAGCUGAAUUCCAGCAGCAUCAAAAACUUGAGAAGCUUUACAUAUCAACACGCGCUGCCAAGCACUUUCAAAGGGAUAUUGUACGGGGUGUAGAAGGAUACAUCGUUACUGGGUCCAAACAAGUUGAAAUAGGGACAAAGCUGUCUGAAGAUAGCAGGAAAUAUGGAGUUGAAAAUACAUGUACCAGCGGUAGUACAUUAUCCAAAGCUGCAAGGGGUUUUGGGCGAGCUCGUGCUCAAAUGGAGAAAGAGCGUGGGAAUUUAUUGAAAGCGUUUGGCACACAGGUUGCUGAGCCGUUGAGAGCAAUGGUAAUGGGAGCUCCAUUGGAAGAUGCUCGACAUCUGGCUCAACGUUAUGAUAGAAUGCGACAAGAGGCUGAAGCUCAGGCUAUUGAAGUUUCCAAACGACAAGCAAAAGUGAGAGAAGGAACAGGCAACCCUGACAUGGCUUUGAAACUUGAAGCUGCAGAAGCAAAACUACAGGAUCUGAAAUCAAACAUGGCAAUCUUGGGGAAGGAGGCUGCUGCAGCAAUGGCUGCUGUUGAAGCUCAACAACAAAGGCUGACUCUGCAGCGGCUUAUUUCCAUGGUUGAAUCAGAACGUGCCUACCAUCAGAGAAUAAUACAGAUACUCGAUCAGCUAGAAGGCGAGAUGGUAUCAGAGCGCCAACGAAUUGAAGCACCUCCUAGUCCAAGUAUGGAUACUAUGCCUCCACCUCCAUCUUAUGAAGAAGUAAAUGGUGUAUUUACUUCACCAGUGCAUAAUGGAUCAACUGAUAGCAUGGGUUACUUUUUAGGAGAAGUAAGUGAAUUAUUACACAGCUCAACCACAUGUGCUGCAUUUCAAAAGCGGGAGGUCACAUGAUCAAACCUUGACAAUUCCUUGGGGCCAUCCCCCCAGGGAUUUAUCCCUUUAAUUGCAUGGUGCAUCUGGAAGGGGGGCUGCUUAUGCUCUAGAGGAUUAGGCUAUGUACUCAUAUCAAGCUGAAUCCGACGUGGAGCUUACUUUGUUGGUUGGCGACUAUGUGGUUGUUCGAAAGGUUAGCAGUCUUAUUGAGAAUUAUUCUCUUCAAUGCUUUAGGGCUUAUUGAUGGAUUACUUCGGUGUAUUUCUUAAUUCUAAAAGUCAGUCACUUGAAGUUGUAGCUUCUAAUAGCUAUACUUUGGUUUUCCUUUCCUAGCUCAUCCUGGGAAUUACCUGGGAUCACAGUUUGUCCCAUGAUUAACAAUAUGAUCUGCCAGCUUUCAUCUCACAUACUCGGUAGCUUUGUGUUUUUUCACUCUUUUUUGUCGUCCACAUUAUGCAUUGGUUUGUUCUCUCAGUUACAUCAAUCUCUUUGAUCAUUAUUGCAACAGCCAUUUCAGGUUCUUCAAACAUUGCAAGCAUACCAUGGAGUUAUAGUUUACCCCUGCGGCUUUAUUUUAUUUUCUUAACUGUUUAAUCACUGUCUUAUUGUUCAAUGCAGUAUUUUUUUUUCCCCUAUUCUUUCUAUUCUAGUUUUAAGCCACUCUUGGAUUUCAUACCCAAACCCUUGUAACAGCUGUUUACAUUCAGUGUAUUUGUACUGAAUCCAGCCCAAAAAAUGAUACAUGUUUUGCUAUUUUCUCAGGUUUCCAACAAUGGGUGGGCGGAAGGUGAAUCCAAAGGGAAAGCAGGUUGGUUCCCCUUUGGGUACAUUGAAAGACGGGAACGAGUUCUUGCUAGCAAGGUGACUGAAGUAUUCUAAACAUUACCGAGUUAGAGCAGGUGCUUGUUCUUACAGAUAAGAACACAAAUCCUGGACUGCUCCUGUUUAUAUGCAUAGCUUUCACCAUUUUUCAUAUUUGUACGUGUGUUUUGCUCGCUCUCUCUCUCAUUUUUUAUUUUUAACUUCUAGUAAUGUUAGACUGACCAAAAUUUGGGACCAAAUUUAGAGUUCAAAUGAUAUGACAGUUGAUUUGGGCUUCUUUGAUUGGUGUUAUAUUAUUUGGGUUCCAAUAAAAACUAUAAAUAAUUAACUGUCAUGUCAUUUGGGUUCUAAAUUUAGUCCCAAAAUUUGGUUAGUAUAGCAUUAAUCUUUUAACUUCUAUUUGUAUUGUAGAUUCAGGAAUACAAUUCAUUUUUGUCAUUUUUUGGUGAUAUUUUUGACAGAUUAUGAGUGAGAACUCUG